AUACGGAUCUACGGGAAGUGUCCUGAAAGGACUCAAAUAAAUGUCUGCAAGAGAUCCCUCAUACGCAUGAGGAUUUGCCAGUGGGACAGUCCUAAACCCUCACGGAUUUUACCGGGAACGCACCUCAAAGUCCGUGAGUGUGGACAUUGGGAUUGGGCCAACGAAAUAGUACCGGAAUCGAGAAAGAAAGUCGGCGGUAGUUAUUCGUCAGACAAGUCACUGAGUAAUUGUUUGCUGUCCUCGUAUACUGGGCCGUGAUGAGUAGACUGGGGAGGUGAUUUGGGCGUAAUUGAAUAAAAGGAGCAACAUGGAGCAGAGGAGCAGUGUUAACGCAGAUGCCGGUCAACAUAGUGAGCCCUCCAAAUGGCGUAAUUGGAGUGGAUUUUGGCUCAUAGGAUUGUGCAACAAUUUUGCAUAUGUGGUUAUGCUGAGUGCAGCCCACGACAUCCUGAAAAAACAAAUAUCAGACAAUACCACAGUACCAACUCCAGCAUCUGACGACCUGAGAACCUUGGACUUCUCAGUGACAAACAGCAGUAACAGUAGCCGCUAUGACUGCAACCCUGUCUCCACAGCGGCUGUGCUAUUGGCUGAUAUCCUUCCCACUCUCGUCAUCAAGCUGGCUGCUCCCUUUUUUAUUCACAGACUGCCCUAUGGGUUCAGAGUGUUGUUCUGCGUUGGUGCAGCAAUAACAAGUUUUCUCCUAGUGUCCUUCUCCUCGGCCAUGUGGAUGAGCAUUUUGGGUGUGAUCUUUGCCAGUAUGAGCUCUGGGAUGGGAGAACUCUCCUUCCUCUCUCUCACCGUCUUCUUUAGCAGGAAUGUACUUGGGGGCUGGGGUUCAGGCACUGGUGGUGCAGGCGUGGCUGGUGCCCUCCUCUACUCGGUUCUGACCCAAGCAGGCUUGUCGCCUCGGGUUACACUGCUCAUCAUGCUGGUGAUCCCUGUCGCCAUGUUGAUUAGCUAUUUUUCCCUGCUGGUCUUUCCACCGGAUUUCCGUCAGUGGCAAUGUGGAGAGGCAGGGUCUGCAAUGAGGGGCGACAGCUCAGAGGAGAGACGGGGGCUCAUGGACAGCUCUGAUGCAGAGCAGGAACAGCUGGAGAAACGGACCCCAGAGGACAGAACCACUGGACCCCUCACCUUAACAGAGAAACUUCAUGUCAUUAAGAGUUUGGUGAAGUUUGUCGUUCCGCUGGGGUUGGUCUACUUUGCAGAGUACUUUAUAAACCAGGGUCUGCUCGAACUUCUGUAUUUCCCAGCAUUUUAUCUGUCUCACGCAGAGCAGUAUCGCUGGUACCAGACUCUGUACCAGGUUGGUGUGUUGGUGUCUCGUUCCUCCCUGUGCUGUGUGAAGAUCAGGAGACUGUGGGCUCUCUCUUUGCUACAGUGUGUAAAUGCAGUGCUGCUGCUCUUAGCAGUAUACUACCAGUUCCUGUCUAGUGCCGGGCUGGUGUUUGCUAUUGUACUGUAUGAAGGCCUGCUGGGAGGAGCUGCCUAUGUCAACACCUUCUACUACAUCAGCAAGGAGACUGGAGACAGACAGAGGGAGUUUGCCAUGGCUGCUGCCAGCGUGGGAGAUAGCCUGGGUAUUGCCUUGUCCGGCCUAAUCGCUUUCCCUGUCCACAAAUACUUCUGCUCCCUUUGACAUGGACAAGGCACUCACGAGGAGAUAGACUGGGCAAAAUUCAAGCAUUUUUGGCUUUUUAAAUUCUCUUAACAAUGGAGACAAGCUCAUGUGGCAUGUCAUGAAAAUUGCAGACUGCAGCUUGUUGCUUUACAGCCUUCAAAUCAUUUUCUUCAAAGCUAUAUGUUUUUGCUUUGGUACUAACAUAUUUUAUCCCAGUAUGUGGUACUAUUGAGGGAUACUGCUAGGGAGUGAAGAAGGGAUGAGCACUUUCACAGGACCAUCCAUCUAUUAUCUAUAACCUUUUAAGCUAAUUCACGGUCAUGACAAGCUGUUUUCCCGGCAGGCUUUGGGUGGAAGUCGCUACUCACAGCGCCCCACAUGCAGUCACUCACACCUUGGGGCAAUUUAGAGAUUUCAGUUCACCUGACGUGUAUCUCCGAACUGUGGGAGGAAACUGGGGCACCUGGAAGAAACCCACUUUAACACGAGGAAAUCAUGAAAGUUCCACACCGUAGGCAUCGAUUUGGGGUAUGGAUUGUAGGUACAUGUCCCUACCACUAUUGUUGGCGAUCUGAAAUGACUCUUGUCGUUUUAAGUCCACAACCGCUCCAUCCAUCAAUGUUGGGUCUAUACAGACUUGCAGGUUUCCCGUUGACUGUGUUGCACGGAGUUAUACUGUCUGAGGCGGUCAGCCCACGUGUGUGGCCGCAAGGGCUUGUGGUCUGAGGCGGACAGCAGCAUGGUGAGUGCCUGGUGGUCGGUCUGGAGUGUGAACUGACAUCCGUACAGGUAAAGAUGCCAUCAUUCACACGCCCAGAUGCAAGCCAGUGCCUCCCGUUCACCCACUGAGUAGCGUUGCUCUGUGGGAGUCAGGGCCCUGGAAGUGAAGGCGACGGGUCUCUCGACACCAUGCUGCUCCUGAGAGAGUACGCCCCCCACUGCUCCAGCAGAGACAUCGCAGGUGAACAUAGUAGGGCAUGAUGGGACAAAAUGAGCCAGCAAAGGUGCAGUGGUUAGUUGUUUUUUUUAGCCUGCAGACUGCCUCCGAAUAUGCUGCUGUCCAGGUCCCCGGCACGUCCUCCCUGAGGAGCUGGCGGAGGGGUGCUGUGGUCUGGGAAUACCCAGGGUGAAAAUGGAGGUAACAGGCUGUCAUAACCAAGAAAGUUUUAUUUUGUUUGUUUUUUUUAAUCAGACUAUUGGAUCUGUCCCCAACAGGGCCAGGGGGCUUUUAUUGAACUAAAUUAGGAAGAAAAUCAUCAUCAUCAUCAUAUGUGUACAUGGUAAUGCAUUGCAUUUCUAAUUUCUCUACUCAACUCAUUUUGAGGUUCAGGAAAUGCCACAACUGGCGCUGCAGAGUAAUGUGACUGUAGCCUUAAUGGUGUAGAUGCAGCAGGCAAGUCAUUUGCAGAAUCUCACAGCAUUCAUUUUUAUAAGCCAGCAUCAUUUGCAGUUUUUCAGUUUUUUUUCUUAAAUGGACGCCACCCAACCUAGAUCAAACCAAGAGAAACCGUUACAGGAUGUAUGUAUGUGUGCAUGCAUGUACAUCAGUAGAUUAAUGUGUACAUAUCUGCAUGCAUACACACACACACACACUGCUGGUUUCUGAGUAGACAGCUGUGGUCGGAUGCUCAGUCAGCAAACAACCUUACCACAAGAUGGGCAUACACAAAUGGGCUGUCCAUUAGCUAACAUUCCUCACCUUAACUAUGUCGUUCCACCACAACACGAUGAACCUCUUAACUCCAAUAUUAAACCCAAUUACUCGCCCUAGCAUAUAUGGUUUUUAGUGUAAGACUUGAAAGUCAAGUCCUUUUAUGAAAUUCACUCUAUAGUUUUCUUUCUUUACAUUGUAUUCGAAGUUGAGGGGACACACAAACAUACACAACGAACACCAACAGUCUAUGGCCUUUUGACCUCUAAAAGGCAAAAGUCCAUUUCAUCCAAGAAGGGUGUGGCGUCUCUGGCUAUGGACAUGGGCAUGCUCUCAAUCAUGGGAUCUAAGCAAUGGCUGUGGGGUCAUCCUUGGUGUCUUGUGUCCCUCAGCUUCUUAAGCCACUGCUCUGCCAUUUUUCCCUAAUCCACUGCAGAGCUGCUGGGCUUUGGCUGCUGCGGGGUACAUCCUCUGGAUGUAAUGGAGGAGGGUGUGCCAGAUGAGUGGGCGUUGUGUCUGCUGCGGGGGCCAUGGUGUGAUGAGUGUGCCUUGUGCAAGUGGGUGUGUCCAUACGAUUGUGAGGACUGCAGGGUGGAGCCCAGGGUACUGCAGUGUGCCCAGGGUCUGCUGGCUGGGUGUGGUGUAGGAGUAGCUGGGUGUCAUCAUUGGGCUACUGGGCGAUGGCAAACACAUGGUAGGCAGAGGAACUGCCUCCUCCUCCCCCAGUGCUGCCACCGUAUCCAUACUGGCUCGGGCCCCACUGUGCUGGUGUAGUGAUGGGGUUCUGGCCCGGGCCCGUGACUGCCACAAUGGUGCUGAACAUCUGUGAGGACUUGUGUGGGAGAGAGUUGACUGCACGUGUCAGAUCUGUGAUGUUAAUGUUAGCUGGGGUGGCAUUGAGAGACGUGUCCUUGUUCUGCUGCUAUUGGUGGGUGUGACACUAGGUACAGGUUCUUGGUAGUGGUCCUUGAACCAACGGCACAGUCCUUUCACCGUAGGAAAUAUCUGAGAACGGUAGCGGAAACCAUCUGGGGUGAUGGUCACAUAUUCAACCCAUGCUUUUCCAUGAGGCUGGUAGCCCAGUAUGAACUUCUCUGGUAGAUCUUCGCAAGCCAAAAUAAAGUAAGGAAUGAAUGUGGGCUUCUCCCUCUUUGUCCUGAUUAACAACUCCUCCAGUUAACACACACAAUAGAUGGAUAGUUAUACUUAAUUGUCCUACAAGAGGAUAUUUGUUUUCACCUUUUGUACAGAGCCUCACAUACAGUAAACACAUGUACACAUACUAUAUAAACCACAGGACAUGCAUAGAGAGCAGGGAGACAACAAUACAUUAACACAAGUGUUUAGCAGUUCAGUGAAUUUAGAUCUUAAAUGGUAAAAGGAACAAAGCUCCUUUUAUAGCAGCCCGUUUCCAGGUGAGGUACCUGCAAUCUGAAGAAUGGGUUAGGGGGUGAGUGGGUUCUCGAGUUAUUGUUAGUGCUGCACUUACCAUGGCUUCGCGCUUGAGCUGUGAUAGGUUGGGUCGGGAAUGCACAUUGUUAGUCCAACAAACGACUCAAAAAUGUCCCUACCAAUGUUGAAAUCAAACCAACGCCAUUGCUCCACACAGAUGGGCUGAAAUUGAACCCAGGACUCCCUACUGUGAAGUGACAGUUCUAAAUACUAAGCCACUGUUGCACCACUUUCACCAGACCUUAAAUGUCAAGUGGCCUUUUGUGCAGCCAUCAUGAUUGUAUACUUAAGUAGAAGCAUCAAGGUUUGGGACCCAGCCUCAUAGCUUUGUCAGUGGUAGCAAUAAUUCCCCCCCAACACCCCAAAUGCUACCCAAACAGGUCAUAGCUAAAUUCCUCAUGGGGCUUUUAUCUUUUAGCCACCACCAGAGGAAGGAAGCUGUCUAUUCUCAGAAAGGAUAACCUUUUACAUUUUAUUAACUCGACAAACAGUAACAUAUGCUUUUAAACACAAACUGUUUACUGCAGCUUCCCACUGAAAUUUUGACCACUGACGUGUAUGUGUAUGUCGGCUCUAUGUGAUGCCUACGGCGUGUCCAGGGUGUCUCCCCACCUGCCACCCAGUGACUGCUGGGAUAGGCUCCAGCAUCCCCGCGACCCUGAGAGCAGGAUAAGCGGCUCGGAUAAUUGAUGGAUGUAUAUUUAAGGUGCUGCAACUGUUUUGUUCUCCUAGUAUAGCUAAGUAUUCGGAUAUGGUGAACUUUUCUGGUUAUUCGUGCAUAUGACGAUCGAAAUGUUAUUUCUUCGUCAGCAAUUGUCAAAUGAUGAUUUUUACCAAUGACUCAGGGAGUGAAAUUUUAAUCUGCUAUUGCCAUAUAUAAUUACAAAAACGAAAGAUGAUCUUUGAUUGGCUUGUUUAAAGAUAUUCAUCAAUAGGAUUGCUGUCUCCACCUGAACUAUGAUCAGCUGGUGGUUGUGUUGUCAGAUCGUGUGAAAGACCUUUUUGUUGUGCCUCACUAAAAACUACAGGAUUUUUUUUACGUUUUUCUUACACAAUAAAUUGCUUUGAUUAAUUUAAAAACGUAAUAUUUUCAAUCGGGAAUACUUUAUCUUUGGAAGUUUUA